AUGUCGUCCUCCCACGGCGAGGGAAUCUAUAAAAUGGACAAGUCUGGCGCUGCCUGGCUUUUGGCCAGGCAGGUGGCCGAUGACUUCGUUAGGACAAACAGGACGAGCUUGUUCAGCAACGCUACGAAAAGUAGGCAGAACACUCAAAUGUUGAUCCAGGAACUCCGAUUCGCUUCCGCCAAAUCGAUACGAACCUCGACGAUAACCCUGGCCGCCUUUAACACGAUUGCGGCCUUUGCUACGGUGUUGGGUAUUCUAUGGGAGAGCUACUCGCGAGAGAGGAGGACGAAGGGUUACUCGAUCAGACGCGAUGGACUCAACUUCGUGGCCGGCGCAGAUGUCUACCCUCUCUUUCUGUCCUUGGGAAUUAUGAUCCAAGGCAUCAUAUUCGCUGUGGCUCAAUCUAGUGGCCUCGAGAAUAUCUUCACGGCAGGAUGCACUCAGAUCGCCCAGUCUAUGCUACCCGCUUUGCUUCUUGUGCCCAUCAUCCAGUUAGUCUUUGCACUGGAGGUCACAUUCCGCGGCAUCAGAAGCCAACCAUUCGCGAAGCGAGGGCCGUGGGCUGUGAGGUUGUGCUUGAUUCUCAUCGGUCUUUCGACGCUGGGUGCCUUCGUCGUAGCCCUUGUCGCCAAGUCGCCCGAUUUCUGCUUUGCGUCUUUGUUUUGGUUUGUGGCUCGCUACUCGCUGGGUAUUUUCGUUGUGCUGUUGAUUAUCACGAUCAUCCUUUUCGGUGCCACCGUGACUACCUUUAUGCGACUGAGCCGAAACUCGGGUAUCGAUACCACUGAGCGGAUGGGUGCAUCUAGGAUGGUCUUCUACCUGGCCCUCGCCGUCAUCUCCAACGCUCUCGUUAUCCCUUUCUUCCAGCAGCUGGCCUUUGAGGAUCAGCGUUCUACUAGCUUUUCUGGCCUACCGCUUACGCUUUCUAUGGUCGCUUCGGUUGUUACAGAGGUUUCAGGUCUUAUGACUGGAGGUCUCUACUUGUUCCUCAGAUCCAACACCUUGUCCGCUAUUGGCUCCAAAUUGAGCGAAAAGGAGGACACUGGACGCGAGAGGUUCAAGAACUCGAUCCAGGUUCGGGGAUCCGAUGAUGAACAGGACGACUCUGGCAUUACAUCGCCCAAUGGACUGCGCCGUAUGGAUAGUGAUGCGAGCAUCAUAAGCCACUAUUCCAAGGACGAAGAGGCGGGAAAUAUGCGCUCUAAUCAGACAUACGCGAGCCCGAUGCCCUCGAACGAUGACUUCCCGAAACCGCCCGAACCAUCGUAUGCUACGCGAACAUCACGACGCUUCAAGGCGUCCUCUAUUUUCUCGGCGAUGCGACCUCUAUCCACGAGAUCAAACAACGCGCCCCUGCUCCCUGCGACUACUUACUCGCCUAAUGCACCCGUUACCAACACCAACUCUACCGCGGUCAAGCCCCACCGCUUCGACUUCUCGGCAUUGAAACCGCCGCCAUCGAUGAAGAACUUACAUAGUCGCCACAGGCGAGACUCGUCCAUCGCUUCGCACCUCACUGUGCAACUUGGACUGCGACUUUCCAAUGUGGAGGACAUUAGAGGGCAAGGGCCAGGCAGGGAUUCGUGCACCGCGGUCAUCAUGGUUGACCAGACCGGGGAACCAAGCAGGCCGACGCAGCAGCAGGGUCUGGCUCCGCAGCAGCCAAGGCACAUGCCAAAACCGAGCCCCUUGGCUCAAGCCAUCACCAUAACGGCCGACGAUGACGACGUCGACGAAGUCUCCCUAGACAACACCAAGCCCACCGAGCCGACUGAUAUCCUGCUACCGGCCAAGGCGAUGGUGCCUGCCAUAAGCACGGUCGAGUCACUGCGCAAGACUGAGGCCACGCCGCUCGAGACCCUAAGCCCCACGGUCUACAGCCCGGCUGGGUCCUUACCCAAGAUGGUCAGCCCUCGUGGUGUCGGCUUCACCUCGCCGCCGAUCUCGAGAUUCAAUAGCCAAUCGACACAGCGAAGCGCGAGCCAGAGGAGCACGGCCAGCAAGAGGAGCGAUAGCAAAAGAGGCCCGCCGCCACGCAAGCCCUCGACCGCCAGCCAGAGCACACUUCCAAGGUCCGGCAAGGGCAACGAGUGGAUCUAA